AUGGCGGAGGAUGAGCUUGCCACGGACUCCAUCGUUGAAGACAAUCCGUACUUCGGCACUCAGGAGCUCAACCCGGGGCGCCUGCGGAAGCGGCGCAGCGAGACGUGGCACAGGAUCAGCGAGAUGCGCGCAGCCGAGGGCGAGGACGAGAGGCCGAUCCCGGCGGCGGCGGCCCCCGCGCGCUCGCAGAGCUGCCCCAAGCUGCCGCACCGGGGCCGCGGCCACGCCCACAGCCGCAGCGCAGACCUCGUGGGCGCGCCGCCGCGGCCGCUGGGGCCCCGGGCUCUCAGCGGCCAGCUGCCCGGGCCGCCGCCGCCGCGGUGCGCCCCGCCGUGCGGUCUGCCGCGCGGGCCGCGCCCCGGGCGCGCCCGCUCCGCGGAGCCGAGGUCACCAUCGCAGAGUAGCCCAGGACCCUUCCGCGGCAUCCGCGCAAAGCAGUACACCCCGUACCUCCAGGAGUUGCAGGCCUUCGCCGCACACAACGAGAAGCGGGCCAUGGAGGAGUCGGUGGCGAUCAGGGCGUGA